AUGGUAACAGCAGAUAAAGUUACUGGUGGUCAGAAAUAUACCGGUAUUAUGGCCAGUUCUGAAAUAUAUGAUCCAUCAACAGGCAAAUGGAAAACUGCUGCAAGCAUGGCAAAACCACGUGAAUAUCAUACUGCAACUCUGCUCAAUUCGGGCAAAGUUCUUGUCGCUGGUGGUGAAGGGUAUACCGGUUAUACGACUAGUUGUGAAAUAUAUGAUCCAUCAACGAAUCAAUGGAACACUACUGGAAGCAUGGCAACACCACGUGCUUUUCAUACUGCAAUUCUGCUCAAUUCGGGAAAAGUUCUUGUGACUGGUGGUACGACCUUUAGCAUAAACAGUGCUACGACUAGUUGUGAACUAUAUGAUCCAUCAACGGGCAAAUGGAAUCCUACUGGAAACAUGACAAUAGCACGUGAAUAUCAUACGGCAACUAUGCUCAAGUCAGGCAAAGUACUUGUCACUGGUAGUGCGCCUAGUUCUGAAAUAUAUGAUCCUACAACGGGUCAGUGGACU